UCCCUCUCCUGCUCCCGUACAUGAGGGUAAUCAAAAUGGCUACCUGCAUGGAUAACGAUUUAAUCGACCGUGAUUUACCCAAAGCUGUGCAACUGCUGAACAGUCUCACAGAGCAGGUGGCUUCAGUGACAAGUCAUGUCCACGAGUUGCUAAAGAAGGUCAAAGAUGGGGUGUUUCAAACAUCUAAGGGUUUGUCUUUUUUAGACCUUCGGUACCACCUGCUUCUUUUCUACCUUCAAGACCUCACUCACUUGAUAAGCAUCAAAACAGAGGGAGGCAAAAUAAAAGACAGCAAAGCCUUGACCAGGGUGGUCACCAUUCGAACAAUCCUGGAGAAGAUGCGACCUCUAGACCACAAACUGAAAUACCAGAUUGAUAAACUGGUGCGUACGGCUGUUACCGGCAGUAUAGCUGAAAACGACCCACUGCACCUGCGCCCUAACCCUGAGAAUUUCAUCAGCAAACUGAGUGAAUCUGAGGAGUCUGAGGAUGAAGAUGGGCACAAGGCAGCCUCUGAGAGGAAGAUGGCUCCCUCUAGUGAUAGGAAAUAUGUCCCUCCACGGAUCGCUCCAAUGCACUAUGAUGGUGACAUGACGGAGGCGGAGAGGAAGAAAGAGGUGAUGGAGCGGCAGCGUCGUGCCGCCCUGCGGAGCUCACUGAUCCAAGAGCUUCGACAGCAGUACAGCGACACCCCCGAUGAGAUCAGGGAGCGGCGAGACUUCCAGACAGAACGAGAGAGCCGAGAGGAGCUGCACAGGAAAAACUAUGAGGAGUCCAUGAUGGUGCGUCUGAAUGUGCCAAAGAGUCAGAAGAGCGCCAGCAAGAAGAGACGCGCAAUGGGAAUGUUUGGACAGCUGAGCGGUAUCACACACUUCAGUGACAUCACAGCGCUAACUGGUGGUGAAGGAGUACAGGAUGGAGAAAACCCUCGUCCCAAGAAAAAGAAAAACCUCAUGAAGAAGAACACCAAAAAGAAAGCCUUCAAGAAACACAGAUAAGACCGCAUAAGAGGCAUCCACAGCUCUCUGCACUGAGCAAGGCGGGCACUAGUGGAUUCCUUCCAAUGCAUAAUGGCUGUUUUGGUUAGAAAGCUUAUUUGGCAGAUUGGACUUUAUUACAAAGUAUUUUAACAAUAUAAAGGAAUUCUUGCCUACUUCAAAAUCAUGUUGGAUCUAAUGUUUUUCCAUUGAGUUUGUGAAAUAAACAUUUACUUUGUAUAACCCGUAGUGAUUGUG